UUGGAGGGCAGUUCAGUUCGAGUUGUUCCAGUGGUACAAGCGUUGUCUCCAUACACUAAAUACCAUCAACGUUAAAACUAUGUUUGCUGGAAUCGUGAAAUUUGUUCUUCUAACAUCCUGUUUUCAAGCCGGAAAUGCUUGCAAAGACAACACUGUAGAGCAAGCGGCGCUUCGUGAAGAUUCGUCGAUAAACAACGUCGAUCCUCCUACAGGAUUGACUCCUAAUCCUUGGUUAUCUUAUUACUACAACAGCCAGCAACAAGGUCGCUCUCCUGCAGGAAAUCGAGGAUCUGAAAAUGACCAACGUAUGGAGAAUCGCGCUGUCUUUAGCAUUCCGUCAAUGUUUCCUAAUCGAUUGUUCGGAAACGGAAACAUAGUCAAUCCAUUCAUCUUUAAUCCGAGGUCAUUGUUCGGUAAAAGUUCCAGUUCAUCGGUAUUCCCUUACGACAGCUGUUCGUCCCCUAACGGAGUGAUGGGCAUUUGCGCUACUAGCGGAACGUGCAAUCAAAUCAGUGGCACAGCCAGUGGUUCUUGCGCUUUUGGCACUGUUUGCUGCAUCAAUAUCGCUACCAACUGCGGUGGGACUGUCAGCCUCAACAAUACCUACUGGCAAUCACCGACAACGGGCAUCAGCAGUUCGACAACCAGUUGCGCUUUAACAAUUAAAUUAGACACGAAAUUAACUGAACAGCCGAAGCCAAUUUGUCAAGUUCGCUUGAAUUUCGUGCAAUUUACCAUUGCCCAGCCAGACGCUCAGUCCUUGUGCACAAACGGAGAUUUCUUCGAUGUCGGAGGACAAACCAACAAAGUGCCCACCAUUUGCGGAGAUAACGAAGGGCAGCACAUGUACCUGAACGUGCCAUCGUCAGCCACUAACCCAACCGAUCUAGAAUUGGCGUUCACUUUUGGAGCUACAGGUGCGACCCGCGUAUGGAACAUAAUGAUUUCCAUGUUGCCUUGUGAGGCCAAUUACCUCGCCCCGCCUGAUUGCCUGCAGUAUUUCCCCAGUCGUUCGGGACGAGUAAGUUCUUUUAAUUGGCGAGAUGUUGCUGGAACGGGCACUCGUCAACUGGCCAACCAGGAUUACAGCAUCUGCUUCCGAAGGACAUCUUCAAACUCUGGACGGUUAUGUUUCACGCCUUGCGUGACCGUUAACCAGUUAGCCUUUAGUAUUAGCGUGGCUAAUACCGCUUUACCCGCACAGCAGAUAGGUGUCAGUCAGGGACCUUCCGGCACCGAUUGCAACAAUGAUUUCCUGGUUAUUCCGGGCGGAUUCGAUCCGGUAAAUCCAACUCUUCUUGUACCUAACAUGGCUUUCGAUCGUUUCUGCGGAGAGCGACUCAAUCCUCGGCCUGUAACCGGUGCAUCAGUCACAGUUUGCACUACGAUGACUCCGUUUCGAAUCGCGUACCAAACGAAUGGCGAUGAAACAGCGACACCAACCGUCGAUCAGGCUCGCAACGGAAACCGUGGAUUCUGCCUCAACUUCCAACAGUGAGCAAAGAUCUGCAACUUGAAGAUCGACUGUGAAAUGAUUUUGCUACACAUUUUGGAAGAGAAAGAGUUGUGCUAUUUUCUGCAAUCAUAAUGGCUUUCUUAGAACCAAAUUAUUUAGAUAUGGAGUGGUGAUGGUGAACGGAUGGGGGAAAAUGUCAUAAUAUCCCUUUAAUGGAUUACAAUUUACCUGAUCACGGUA